CAUCCAAUAAUCCAGAUGUAUGGAUGCCGGCAUAUAAAGUUUCACGUUGGUACUCCCUUUUCUUUGUCCUCUAUAUCCUGCUGGGGGUUUACUUUGUCACGAAUUUGGUCCUUGCUGUCGUGUAUGACAGCUUCAAGAGUCAGCUCGUGAAACAAGUUUCUGAGAUGGACCGAAUGAGGGAGAACAUGUUGGGAAAAGCCUUUAAGCUCAUAGAUAAGAAUAACGUUGGGUAUAUCAAUAAAGAGCAGUGCGUACACCUGUUUGAAGAACUGAAUCACUACAGGACACUGCCAAAGAUAUCGAGAGAAGAUUUUGAGUUAAUAUUUGUUGAGCUGGAUGAUAGUCAUGACUUCAAGAUCAACACAGAUGAAUUUACUGAUCUUUGCAAUGCAAUUGCCCUCAGAUUCGAGAAGGAGGAUGCUCCUUCUCUGUUCGAGAAAUUUCCAUCAAUCUACCAUUCUCCAUUUUCUGAGAAGUUGAAGGGUUUUGUGAAAAGUCAAAAAUUUGGAUAUACCAUAUUAUUUGCUCUCAUUCUGAAUCUGGUUGCGGUGAUUGUUGAGACAACGCUGGAUAUUGAAAACAACUCUGCCCAAAAAGUGUGGCAAGAGGUAGAGUUUAUCUUUGGUUGGGUCUAUGUGCUUGAGAUGGCUUUGAAAGUCUAUUCAUUGGGAUUUGAAAAUUAUUGGAGGGAUGGUCAAAACCGCUUUGAUUUUGUGAUCACCUGGGUGAUAGUCAUUGGAGAAACUAUCACCUUUGUGGCUCCUAAUGGACUUGACUUUCUUUCAAAUGGAGAAUGGAUUCGGUACCUUCUUCUUGCGAGAUUACUGAGAUUGAUAAGGCUGCUAAUGCAUGUUAAACGCUACCGAGCUUUUGUUGCUACAUUCUUGACUCUCCUACCAAGUUUGAUGCCAUACCUUGGAAUCAUCUUUUGUGUAAUGUGCAUUUAUUGCUCCCUUGCAGAACAGAUCUUUGGUGGGAUGGUCAAUGCUGGGAACUCCAAAUUGGAAGAAACUGAUCUUGCGGCUGAUGACUAUUUGCUCCUCAAUUUUAAUGACUAUCCAAAUGGAAUGGUGACACUUUUCAAUUUGUUAGUCCUGAACAACUGGCAAGAGUGGAUGCAGAGCUACAAGGAACUAACAGGGACCUCUUGGACCCUCAUAUAUUUCAUCAGCUUCUACCUAAUAACCGUUCUACUGCUCUUGAAUUUGGUUGUUGCCUUUGUCUUGGAGGCAUUCUUUACUGAGAUGGAUCUUGAAUCAUCAGAAAACUGCGAGGAACAGGACAAGGAAACAAGGGGCAGGCGGCCUCGUUUGGUCGGCACGAAGACAAGAAGUCAGAGAGUUGAUGUCCUGCUUCAUCAUAUGUUGAGCGCGGAGCUUGAUAAAGCAAAAUGCACUAGUCCUCAACCUUAAUCAUGUAGUAUUGAGUUGUGGGCGUGAUUUUGAAGACCCCGAUUCAAGACUAACUGGGCACAGCAGGACGGCAUUACGGGAACCAUUUUCAGAUAAACUGGUUUGAACAAUGUGUGUCGUUCUUUUUGCCACAGUUGCUUUUGCCUGUUUGUGUUGUUGAGUAAAUUUUGUACAGAUGUGAAUUUCAACCCUAUGGUUUGCAACACGAUUUUCCGACUUCCGAUGGAAAUGAUUAAAUUUUGUGCACACUACUCAACACGCCACCUUGGUUGGGAGAAAUUCUUCUGAAUAGUACAAAGUGCUGUAGUGCAGAUGUCU